AUUCUGGAAAAUAUCUUUCUUUCCAGUUCGGAUGAAGCCUUUAGUAAAGUAAACAUGAACUACCGCACGAAGAAUGGGUUGUCUCUACUUCAUCUCUGCUGCAUUUGUGAUGGUACCAAGGCCCAUGUCAGGACCCUGAUGCUCAAAGGCCUUCGUCCAUCGAGACUGACAAGGAAUGGAUUCACGGCGCUACAUCUGGCUGCUUUCAAGGACAAUACUGAGCUAGUCACUGCACUGCUGCAUGGGGGAGCUGACAUUCAGCAGGUGGGCUAUGGAGCACUCACUGCUCUUCACAUUGCAACCAUUGCAGCUAACAAUGAGACGGUUGACAUCCUAUUACAGCAUGGAGCCUUUGUCAAUGUCCAGGAUGCUGUCUUCUUCACACCUUUACAUAUCGCCGCUUAUUAUGGCCAUGAGCAGGUAACCAGGCUGCUGCUGAAGUUCGGGGCUGAUGCCAAUGUGAGUGGGGAGGUUGGAGACAGACCACUGCAUCUGGCUUGUGCCAAAGGAUAUCCCAAUAUUGUCAAACUCCUGCUGACUGAAGCCUGCAAAACUGACGUGAACGCUCAGGACAACGAGGAUCAUUCACCCCUCCAUUUUAGUUGCCGCUUUGGGCACCGUGAAAUCGUAAGGUACCUUCUCCAAGGGAACUUUGAUGUACAUCCCCAUGCGGUGAACAUCUAUGGUGAUACACCUCUUCACCUGGCUUGCUACAACGGAAAACUGGAUGUGGCUAGUGAACUCAUCCGCCUUUCAGGAACGGAAAGCUUAACCAAGGAAAAUAUCUUCAGUGAAACCUCUUUCCACAGCUCCUGCACUUAUGGAAAAGACAUUGAGCUGGUCAAGUUUCUAAUCAGCCAGAAUGCCAUGAGCAUAAAUCAUCAGGGAAGGGAUGGACAUACGGGUCUACACAGUGCCUGUUACCAUGGCCACAUCCGCCUGGUGCAGUUCCUAUUGGACAAUGGAGCUGACAUGAACCUGGUGGCCUCAGACCCCAGCCGUUCCAGUGGGGAGAAGGAUGAACAGACUUGCCUAAUGUGGGCCUAUGAGAAAGGUCAUGAUGCCAUUGUGACACUGCUUAAACAUUAUAAAAGGCCUCAGGAUGAAUCACCUUGCAAUGAAUACUCCCAACCGGGUGGAGAUGGUGCCUACGUAUCAGUUCCAUCACCACUUGGGAAGAUCAAAAGUAUGACCAAAGAGAAAGCGGAUGUGCUGCUCCUGCGAGCUGAGCUUCCGUCUCAUUUCCACCUCCAGCUGUCAGACAUCGAGUUCCAUGAAAUUAUUGGAUCAGGUUCGUUUGGGAAAGUUUACAAAGGAAGAUGCAGAAACAAGAUUGUUGCCAUUAAAAGAAUCAUCGAUCUGCAAUCCAAAUUAAUCAUCGCCAUUGAUGUGGCCAAAGGAAUGGAAUAUCUUCACAAUCUGAUUCAACCAAUCAUACACCGAGAUCUCAACAGCCAUAACAUCCUACUGUAUGAAGAUGGUCAUGCAGUGGUUGCUGACUUUGGAGAAUCUAGAUUCCUUCUGUCAAUGGAUGAAGACAACAUGACAAAGCAGCCAGGGAACCUGCGCUGGAUGGCCCCUGAAGUAUUCACGCAGUGUACCCGCUACACCAUCAAAGCAGACGUCUUCAGUUAUGCCCUGUGUCUCUGGGAGCUGCUGACUGGAGAAAUUCCCUUUGCCCAUCUCAAACCCGCCGCUGCUGCUGCUGAUAUGGCCUACCAUCAUGUCCGUCCUCCCAUUGGGUACUCCGUUCCCAAACCCAUCUCAUCUCUCCUGAUCAGAGGUUGGAAUGCGUGUCCUGAGGAACGACCUGACUUCUCUGAAUUGGUUACCAAUUUGGAAGAGUGCAUCUGUAACAUUGAGCUGAUGUCUCCAGCCUCCAGUAACAGCAGUGGAUCUCUCUCACCAUCCUCCUCCUCAGACUGCUUGAUGGUGCGUGGGGGACCAGGCAGGAGUCAUGUGGCAGCUCUGCGUACCCGCUUUGAGCUGGAGUACGCCCUGAAUGCACGGGCUUACGCGGCAUGGUCUCAGAGUGGCAAUGACCGCCGAUCUUCCCAGGGAUUUCCAUUGGAGGAUUUAAGGAAGAAUCUGCAAUACCCACCAAUGGAUGCAAAUGGCUACGUUUCUGAUCCUCUCAGCACCAUGCGCUACAAUUCCUGCAGCAGUGGCAGCUUUGAAGAUAGUUCCUGAAUCCCCAGAGGAAUUCCCGGGAAAGUGAGGGGAGAGCUGGA